UCCACGGGCGUUGAAGGAGAGCGUGUUUGCCACAAGUUCUCGCCUAUUUUUCGAUCCCAAAAGAUAACCCCGUGUUUGUGUUAUCUCUAUUAACCAGACACACAAACGCAGUACCAAAUUUCUCUCAACAAUCCGAAGCCCUUUCAAUGGCGUCCAGUACGAUCGCAUUCGGUUCCGGCGUAUCAACAACAGCUUUGGGGUUGAGCAGCCUCAAGCGAAGCCCCACUGUUGGUGUCGCUACCAUUAUUUUUCCAAAGCCUCGCCGCUCGUCGGCUAUGGUAGUCAGAGCUGAGGGUCAAACCAUAAACCCAGAGAUAAGGAAAACGGAAGAGAAGGUGGUCGACUCAGUUGUAGUCACUGAACUCUCUAAGCCCCUUACAGCUUAUUGCAGAUGUUGGAGGUCAGGUACUUUCCCUCUUUGCGAUGGAGGACAUGUGAAACACAACAAGGCUACAGGGGACAAUGUUGGUCCUUUGCUCUUGAAGAAACAGUAACCCUUUGGUUUGGUUUUUCUCUAUCAUGGCUUUGGACUUUGAUGUUAAAUUUGAUUAUCAAAUCGUAUGAACUGAGAACCUUCUUUCUUGUGUUUGUGUUUGGUCUGAUUUUGUUUUGAAGUGUUUGUUUCCUCAGUUAUGUUUUUCUUCGUAUACCGUCAGCUGCAAAGCAAUAUUGGUAUUCUUUAUAUCUUGUUUUCAAAGUAAACGAUGAAUCCAUUGUGUAUUAGAGUUUAACCAAGUAUAUGGAGUGUGGAUUAUAACAUUA